AUGCCCAAAUGCCCCAGCCUUGAAGAAGGUCAUGUAUUUACAGACUAUUUAGUAUCGACAUAUAUUGCACCUGAUGCAUUAUUUCCACCAUAUCUUUGGGCACAAGAACCUUCAGUAAAUCCAAGAACUACCAAUGGCCCAGAGAGCUUUCAUAGGACGUACAAUGGUCAGUUUUAUAGCCCCCAUCCUCCAACACACGUCGUGAUAUCAGUUUUAAAAGAAACACAAGCUCUAACUUUGACAAUAAUAAAUUCAAUUAAAAACAACCCUUUAACGUAA